AUGACAGGAGAAGAUACGGAACAUAGACUUCCUACUGAUGUCUAUCCCACCCACUAUGACCUCGUUUUCAAGACUGAUCUUCGUUCCAGCUCUCCGUACUUCUCCGGUGAAGCUAUCAUUCACCUUGACAUCCUCUCCGAUGUCACUUCCAUCACUUUCAACCUCCACCGAGACCUCACCAUCACUCAUUUGGCGAUAUCUUCUUCCGACUUGAAAUCUACCACCUCUCUCGUCCUUCCCAUCUCCGCAUUCACAUUCGACAAAGAGAAAGAACGUGGACAUGUCUCGCUUUCUUCUCUUCCUUCUGGCGGUCUCAAGGAAGGAGCGAAAAACACCAGACUUUGGUGUAGGUUUGAGAGUCUUCUCAGUGACAACAUGGCUGGAUAUUAUCUAUCUAAAGGUGAUGUGAAUGAGAAAACAGGGAAGAGGGAUAUUUAUGCUUUGACCCAGUUCGAACCGACAGCAGCGAGAAAAGGAUUUCCAUGUUGGGAUGAACCUCUUAUUAAAUCUACUUAUGCUGUGUCGAUGAUAGCGAAAGAAGGGGAGACGGUUCUCAACAAUAUGCCGGAGGUAGGACAUGGACCUUGGAAAGCUUCAUCGAACGUCACCCCUGAAGGGGCGUUGAAGGAAGGGUAUGAGUUGGGCUCAAUGUUAGGUUCACUCGUAUCGUUGGGGAAGACUGAAGGUAAAACCGAAGGAAAGACAGAGGAGGGAUCUUCCGAUGCCGGAUGGGUCAUCACUCAGUUCGCUCCCACCCCUAAAAUGUCAACAUAUCUGGUCGCUUUUGCUUGUGGUCAAUUCGCACAUUUGACAAGCUCUUACAAAUCCCCAUUGACAGGUAAAACAGUACCCUUGCGUAUCUUCGCUACUCCGAACCUCAUCCAUCAAGCUCAGUUCGCAUUGGACAUCAAGUCAUGGGCGACUCCGGUCCUGGAAGAGAUCUUUGAUAUUCCUUUCAUGCUGCCCAAGCUCGACACCUUGGUGGCUCACGAUUUCGACGCUGGUGCGAUGGAGAACUGGGGUUUGUUCGUGGGACGUACCACUGCCUACCUCUUUGAUGAGAAGAAAGGUUCGCUGGCGGCGCGGAAAAGGGUUGCUGAUGUUCAAUGCCACGAGAGUUCUCACUCCUGGUUUGGUGAUGCCGUUACGAUGAAAUGGUGGGACAAUCUCUGGCUCAACGAAUCAUUCGCCACGUUCAUGGGUGAAGUCAUCAUUGAAGAUCGAAUCUGGCCCGAAUGGAAAGUCCGCGCUCAAUUCAUCAAAGGUCAUCUUGAAUCUGCUCUGUCUCUCGACGCUCAACGUUCCUCUCAUCCUAUUGAAGUGGAAUGCAGAGAUGCAGGUGAUAUCAACCAAAUCUUCGACUCGAUCUCGUACGCCAAAGGUGCUUCGGUCUUACGUAUGCUCUGCGCCGUCGUCGGGGAAGAAAAGUUCCUCAAGGGAGUCUCAAAUUACCUCAAGAAACACAUGUACUCCAACGCGGUCACCAAAGACCUAUGGGAUGGUAUCACCGAAGUAUCCGGCCUGGAUGUCGCCAAUAUCAUGAAGAACUGGGUACUCAAGGUCGGUUUCCCCGUCAUUACUGUCGAUGAAGUCGGAGAAGGUAAGAUCAAAGUCACACAAAAUCGUUUCCUUUCCACUGGAGAUGUCAAACCGGAAGAAGACGAGACUUUGUGGUGGGUUCCCUUGGAAGUCAAGACUAUAAGCGGGUCAGAAAACAAAGUAUACCACGAUCAUAACCUCGCUUCUCGUGAACAAACGUUCGACAUCGGGACUACCGAAUGUUACAAGCUCAAUGCGGAGACUAUCGGUGUUUAUCGUGUCAAAUAUUCUCCAGAACGUUUAGCCAAGCUGGGUGAACAAGCAUCCUCAUUUUCUAUCGAAGAUAGAGUUGGACUGGUUUCUGAUGCUACUACGCUUGCUCGUGCCGGCUAUGCCAAGACUUCCGGUUCUCUCAACCUCAUUCAUGCUCUGGGAAAGACAGAAACGGAGUUUUUACCUUGGUCUUUGAUCGGUACUUCUUUGAGCAGGAUCGGGGACACUUGGUGGGAACAACCGGAUACCGUCAAGAAUGCAAUUAAGAACCUUCGUGUCAAGUUAUUCAAACCUCUGGUGGACAAACUCUCAUUUGAUUCAAGUGAUAAUGACGCGCCGGAUAUCAAGGAACUGCGAGAAUUGUCAGUUUCACAAGUUGCGCUUGGUGAGGAUGAGGAGGUUUUGGGAGAAAUCAAAAAACGUUUCAAGCCAUUUUUGGAGAACGGCGAUGAUUCCCAAAUUCCGCCAGAUUUGCAGAGGACCAUCUAUGUCAAUAGCGUUAGACAUGGAGGGGAGAAAGAAUUUGAGAAGAUCGUAGAGGUGUAUAACAAACCUCCCAACCCGAGUACGAAAGUGGAUGCGAUGUAUGCCAUGUGUGCGACUGGAAAGGAAGAAUUGUUGCAGAGGGUGUUUGGGAUGAUGAAGGAUGGGAGUAUCAAGGAUCAGGAUAUAUAUAUUUACUUCUUCGGACUCAGUGGCAAUCCAAAAGCCCGUAGAGCUAUUCGUCAAUUUUUCAUUGACAACUACGACGAUCUGGUCAAGAAAUUCGAAGAAGGUUACGGUCUCACUUACCUCGUCAAAGGUUCUUUCGCCUCGUUCACAUCGUACGAAGAUCUGGAACAAGCACGCAAGUUCUUUGCGUCGAAAGAUACACGAAAGUACAAAUUAUCAGCAUCUCAGGCUUGUGAUAGUAUUCAAGCUGCGGCGGAUUGGUUGAAGAGAGACAGCAAGGAUGUGGAAGAGUGGUUCAAAGCGAAUGGUUAUCUUUGA